UCCACAAUCUAUUUAGCUGGUAUAAAUAGGCCUUGUUCAACACAGGUUUGUCCCACUAAUCAUCACAAUGAUUUGGCUUGUGGCUUUCAUAGUCUGCGUUGGGUUUGUCAGUGCAGAGACUCCCUCUCACUAUAGAGUGCACAAUGACAGGGUGAUAGGGGGCCAUGAUGCUAAACCAGACGUCUGGAAGUGGCAGGUAUCGCUGCAGCUAGAUUCUUACAAUGACGGUUCAUUCUAUCACAUCUGUGGUGGCACCAUUGUGGACUCUUUCUACAUUAUGACUGCAGCCCACUGUAUCCUCAGCUCAGAUCCUCAGCAGUACAGAGCAGUGGUGGGUGAGUAUAACUUGGACCACUAUGAGGGCAGUGAGCAGCUUCACCGUGUGGAGAAGAUUGUUGUGCACCCUCAUUGGAACGGAGACCUUGGCCUUGGAAACGAUAUCGCCAUUUUGAGACUGGCUGAUCCCAUAUAUGAUAAUGGUCAUGUUGCGAUUGCCAAUCUGCCUUCUCCAGGAGCAACACUGCCGAAUAACUUUGAGUGUGUUAUCACUGGUUGGGGUCUUAUAGACUUUUCAGGCAGCGUUCCUGCCAUCCUGCAGGAGGCACCCAUUCCUGUGGUGGAGCACUCUGUGUGCUCUCAGCCUGACUGGUGGGGCAGUUUGGCUAAGGAGACCAUGGUCUGUGCUGGUGGAGAUGGGAUCAUUUCAGGAUGCCAGGGCGACUCUGGGGGUCCGCUGAACUGUUUCACUGACGAAGCCUGGAGGGUCUAUGGUGUGGUCAGCUAUGGUCCUGCUGGCAUGUGCAACCAGCUGCGCAAGCCCACCGUCUUUACCAGAGUGGCAUCUUUUAUGGACUGGAUGUAUUCGGUGAUGUAUAAUUAAGUUCAUAAUUUUGAACCCAUCAAUAAAAUUAUAAUUUUA